UUGCAUUUUGGGACCUUUGCAAACAUAGGCGGCCCAAGCCACACGAAGGAGCACACACCAGCGGCCAUGGCUAACAGUGAAUUGCAUGCCCGCCCUUUCUACGUCUGCAAAACAUGAAACAACAAACCUACCACGGUAGCCAACGGCACGCCCUUCGUCUGACGAGCGCGUUACGAGAGUAAUCCGACCAAGAUCAACAACACCUUGAAAUGUCGCCGUAGGGCCCACGCCCUGCGUUACGUGCCGCAAAUACCGCGAUGGCAUGCAUCGAAAACAACAGGCCAGCAAGAAUCAACCAGGUGCUGCGCUCGUAGCUGAAGGACAUGCGCAAUAUGCGGCAGGCCAAGGCAGGCGGCAAGCAGAAGAUCGACCAAGGCAACAACUCUGGUGGGGAGAGCGCCAAAGACUGGUUGAUGCAUCAGACUGGUUGUUGCCAGGUCUUGCCUUCCCCAACCAACCCACCCCACACCCACCAACCCAGCUUCCCCAUGCUGCAUCUGCUCCCCCACAGAUUCCUCCCCUAUGUCGCGGGUACGGCCUCAGCAUCCCGUCUCUUGAUGGGCAACCCAACAGCAGUGUUUGUUGCCUAUCAAUCCAAAGUCCACACUCGCCUCCAUCCCAUGGCAGGCUGGAUCCUAUGAUGCAUAUCCAGAUGAGUCUAGUGUUGAGCUCUUUAGGGCAGGCAAGUGCCACCAUGACACACCAUACUCUUUCAUGGGCUAUGUACCAGCUUCCGCAUUUCUGGGAUUAUCCAAGAUGUCUAAAAAAGGUCAUUGGUAGAUGAAGGCACUCCAAAGGCCCUUGGUGAUAGGUCAUAAAUACGUAUCAAAGCAGCAGCAUUCCAAUCUCUAAUAGAU